AAAAAUUAUCCGUCGCGUCGGAAUAAAGGUGGUAUCGAAGACUUUGGGUUAUCAAAUAACGAGCGCUGAUAGAAUACGUAUUUUUCUCGUCAAUUAAUAAGAUAUUUGUCAAUUCAAAUGUGUGGUGAGAAGAUGCGCUGCCAGUGUUAUCUCCAUACCUACAUUUUUUUCCUCCGGUGACACGACGACGUGAUGACGCAGUGGAAUGAGUUGUUGGUUCUUACCGCUGAUACGGCAACAGUAUUCGUUUUCACUUCGCCCGUCUAGCUAGCCGUCUUCCAACCCAAAGAUGAAUCGAUCCAUGAUUUUACUGCUCUGGAUUCUUGUUAUUACUGGUGCAAAGGAUGAGCGUCCAGGAUGGGCUUUGAGCACUGAAAUGUUUAUGGAGGCAAUAGAGUCGCCGUAUUUUGUUGAUAAAACAAAGCUGAUUCGCCAAUUUUUCGAAUCCAGGUCAGAAAGACAUUUGGUUUUCCAUGGACCCAAGCGAUUCGGAAAAACAGUUAAUAUGAACAUGAUUCAGAACUUUAUCGAAAUACAAACUGACGAGAAUGGUCACAUAGCCAACAGAAACAACCUUACGAAGCGCAAUGUCUUUGAAAAACUUGCCAUUGGGCAGGAUAAGGAAGUUUUUAAAGAGUACUUUGCUGCAUUUCCUGUAAUUCAUUUGGUAUUCGAUAUGGCUUCUGAGUCGUUCGAUGAGUUUCUAGGUAAAUUUGCGAUCAUGAUCAAAAAAGAAUAUGACAGACAAGGACUUACGCACUUUUUCAAUCGCGGUAAUUACGUAUUUCCUAAGCCGACAUUCGCGAAUGAUCCUGAACUUGUGAGAAUGUACAAAAAAUAUACGAUAGACCCACAAAAACUAACCGAAUUGGAACUUUCAAACGCAGGAUAUGAAUUGGCUACUCUGCUCUACAAAAACUUCGGAAGACGGGUCAUUUUACUCGUAGAUGAGUACGAUACGCCGAUAAUACAAGCUUUACUCAAUCCUAAUGUUUUAAACGACGAUGCUGAUAAAAUCAUUAAAUUUCUCACCACAUUUUUGAAGAGUUUAGUAACAUCUAGCAAAGGAAUUAUCGAGCGUUCACUGCUUACUGGCAUCACCAGAGUAGGCAGUACAUAUACUCUUGGAAUCAAUAAUCUAAAAUUUUACCGAAUAUUUGAUGCUCCACAAAUUGCCCCUUUUUAUGGAUUUACAAGGGAAGAAGUCAUACAUCUUGCCAAAACAUUGUCGGUUGAAGAUAAGAUUGACUUAAUGACAGAUUAUUACGAUGGCUUCAAAAUAGAAAAAGGCUCAUUCAUGUUUUGCAUGGAGUCGGUGAACAGUUUUUGGGCUUCAGGAAAACUUAUUAAAUACUGGAAUCCCUUCAAUCAUUAUUUUGAUUCUUUUUUCGAGUUUGAGCAGAUGGGCUCCUAUCUUGUUGAAAACAUGGAUAAAGUAAUUACCAUUGAUUUGAAAGACAAAAUAGAGAAAAAUGAUUUUCUCACGCUCAAGAAGUAUAUUCAACGUAAAAAUUUUACAGAAUAUUAUUCUCCCACCUUUUACUUGAUCUUACAAAUACUCGUAGAUGAAGGAGCAUUUACAAUUGUACGACGCAGCGGUAGAAAAGAGGCUGAUAUUAAAAUCACAAACCUGGAGGUUAAAGAGCAACUGUUUGACAAAAUAUAUACAACAGCAUUUAUAUUAAAAAAAUUCACGACCUCAAAAGAUAUGCUCGAAAAAUACGCACGCAGUGCAAUCAUCGUGGAAAAUGACAAAAGCCGAUUCAUCGGAUUUAAAAAUGCCAUUAGUGCACUGUUAAACGAAACGAAACCAUUGAAUGAAGCCGACAUGCAAGGUGCUUUGAUGCUUUGUGCGGAGUACUACAAGCCCACGCAUCAAUAAUAAGCAAGCCGGGGAUACUUUAUGUAAGUGAAGGAGGUCGGGUGAAAAACGUCUCUAAAAAACAAAGUAAAUCUGAGAACCAUGAUAUAUCCGAAUUAACAACGUCAAUAUAUGACUGUUUAUACGUCUUGAGAAACCUGCGAUCGGGACAGGUUGGUAUAAUACUUGAACUGAAAUAUAAAAAGGAAUCGUCGAUGCUAGCAUUGACUCAAAUUCUCGAUCGUCAAUAUUAUAAAGCAUUCGACCAAGAUUUAAAAAGAAGGAAUAUCUUUAAUAUAACAACAGAAGUUUUUAUUGGAAUUCAUUAUAAUCCCACUACUAAUAAAACAUCGC